AUGUGUUCUCGACGUAAUGACAUCUCAAACACGACGCAACUUGAAAAUGCUACACAUCUGAUUAUACUGCAACAUGGUCUACUAGGUAGCAAAACUGAUUUUGCACGUUUCAUGGCAAUUUUCGAUGCUCAAUUUCCACCAGAAGAUUUUCUUUAUUUGCACGCAAGUGAAAGCAAUGCCUCUGGUUUCUUCCAAACCUAUGACGGUAUUGACCAAGGUGGUGAACGUCUGGCUAAUGAGAUUCAAAAGUUGACACUAAAAAUGCCAAAGUUGAAAAAGUUUUCCAUGAUCGGACACUCUCUUGGAGGUUUAUACAACCGGUACUGUAUUGGGGUGCUCCUGAGCCGGGGGUUCUUCGAUAAAAUCGAACCAAUGAAUUUUGUCACGUUAGCAACACCACACCUUGGAAUCCGUCGUCCUCGUCGUGGUGCAACGAAUGCCAUUUUUAAUGCACUUAUGCAGAAUAUCUUUAGUCGAACGGGAGCACAAUUGAUGUUGAAAGAUGUGGCAACGGAGGAGACACAGGUACUCAGUCACUCUUUGAAGCAGUGUCAAGACAAGAAUUUCCAUUCAGCGUGGUCAAAUGAGAGUGGAUCGCUACUGGUCCGUCUUCCAGCGUUGGAACAGCAGCACGACGACACUCAGGAAGCAUUUGAGCUGUUUGAUUGCGUCCUCAGCGGUCGAAGGCUGCAAGUCUUUGAAAGCAAGAAACUGGAGACAGACAAGAACAAGUUAAAGCUUGAGAUCGAUCUGAGCUGCACCGAUGUGCAGAUUUUACUACCCAGUGGAAAAAGCACUGGUGACGACGCCAAGUUUUUUCUGACUUCUAUCGAAUCGGAGCAGAAAAUUGAAGAAAACGGGACGUCCAACGAAUCUGGCAACUUCGAUAUCCAGAUCCGUUGGCCUUCUCCUGCGACAAAACCAGUCGAGAUCCACCUCUGUGUGCUUCGUAUCCCCGACGAUAAGCUUCAUUGCGAUUGGAAAUGGCUCGUUGCUUUCUGCAACGCUAGCUUUGGUGUGCGUUGUCUGACAUCAAUUGGAAAUACCGACGCGACAAAGCAGCAAAUUCUUACGACAUCACCUCUUCUCAGCUGCAUGACUAGAGGUCAGUUCAUGCAGGCAUUGCAAAUGUUCAAAGUGCGUACGUUGUACUCGAAUAUAUUUUUCGACUUGCAGGUGCCGUACACAUGCGCAGCGAUACGCGCAUUCAACCCGUAUCGCGCGAGUGCAAGCAAGUGUGAGAUGUCUUCCGUCUACACUCAUAUCGCGUUCGACUCUCUCAAAAGCGCGGAGAAAGUGCGAGAUACGAUUCCUGACAAGGUCAAGCGUCUCGCCAUGGAGUUGAUCAUACCUGAACGAGCAGCUCAGGCAUCAACUUUACAUUCGGAGGAGCAGCCACAUAAUGGUCACGAUGUUGAAGGCAGUGACAAUCUCAGCACUGAAAGCGGCAGCAGACGUAAUUGCCACGAUGCAUCGGACUCGAGAAGAAAAUCUGCGCCAGUUUCAAGUGAUAUUGGUCAACGUCGUCACUUUUUUAGCCGUCGUCGGGGGGAAAGUACGGGCAAUGCGCCUUUACAUUGUUCGGUUGGUGUUCGCCCAGUGCCUUUUGUCGACGGUGAUGUCAUUCUUGAUCAACUUCCGUACGCUUUUACAGCUGAUACUGAACAAGAUGAACUACGGGGCAUGCUACUUUCAAUGCAAAGUGUCGGCUGGCGACGUAUUGAUGUCUUAUUUGGUGGCAUCAUGGCACACGAGCAUAUAAUUGCCAAGCGAGCAAACGUAGACAAGCCGCUUGUUUCAGGCAUUGACAUUGUACAUCAUGUCAUGGAUACAUUUAUGCUCUAA